AAUUUCAAAUUUCUAUGGCUUAAAAAUUAUAAACAUUUAAUAGGGUUAUGUUUAUUUUUAUUCUACUUUAUUAAUUUAUUCUAAACCAAUUUCAAGGGAGCAACUUGAAUAUGUUAAGGUUUUAUCAUUGUACAACAAACCUUCAAUAUAACUUGAAGUAUCUCAUUAACUUACAGCGGAACACUUUUAAAACUUUUAUACACAACACUGCCCAGUCCUUAAAAUGUACACAAAAAGUACCGUUGUCAUUGUGUUCUGUAACAAAAUUUGGACUUUUUAUAACAUCGAGCUCCGCUGUAAAAUUGUACUUCGGCAGAGCGGCGCAGUGCAAAGUAUCUCGCACCAGGUUAACAGGCUAUCGAUCAAUUAGUGAUAAAGAUUUACAGUUUGAUUGGAACAAAUUAUGGCAUUAUUUAAAACCACACAUCAAUUUUUUCCUCGCAGCAAUAUUGGGAGCGUUAGCGGUUGCAAUUUUAAACAUACAAAUUCCACAGUUGAUGAGCGGUAUAGUAAAUGUAGUUGCACGCUUCAGCGAUACUCGGGAUACUGUCAUCUUCCUGAAAGAAAUUAAACUGCCUGCCCUACGCCUUUUAUCAAUGUACAUUGCACAGUCCGUAUUUACAGCUUUCUACAUAAACAUGCUGUCUCAUCUUGGAGAACGAAUGGCUUACAAUAUUAAGACGGACUUAUUUAGUUCAGUAUUGCAUCAAGAUAUUGCAUUUUUUGAUCAACAGCGUACAGGGGAAAUCAUUAACAGGUUAACGUCCGAUGUGCAAGAUUUCAAAAGUAGCUUCAAGCAAGUUAUUUCUGGUGGUUUGAGAGCCACUACGCAAAUAAUCGGCUGCGCAAUUUCUCUCAUUGUGAUAUCACCACAAAUGACACUUGUGACGCUGUUAUGUGUGCCAGCCGUAAUCACAACGGGAUCUGCUUUGGGUUCGUUGCUACGGAGCACUUCAAGAAGCGCCCAAGCUCAGAUUGAAAAAUCAACAGCAGUUGCCGAUGAAGCAGUCAGUAACAUUCGUACUGUGAGAGCGUUUGCAAUGGAAGAGCUGGAGCUUGACAUGUUCGAGCGCGAGGCAGAGCGGGCGCUCGUGCUGAAUGAACGGCUUGGUUUAGGCAUAGGAUUAUUUCAAGGGGGUGCAAACUUAUUCCUAAACAGCAUGGUAUUGGCUACACUGUACAUGGGUGGAUAUUUGUUAUCCGUUAAUCAGCUAUCACCGGGGCAAUUAAUGGCAUUUUUAAUGUCUACACAAACGAUCCAACGUUCACUGGCCCAAAUCUCGCUAUUAUUCGGAUCAGUGGUUCGUGGAAUGGCAGCCGGUGCUAGAGUUUUCCAAUACAUCAAUUUAAAACCCGGCAUGCCUUUGACAGGUGGAAAGAUACUCCCCUCGGAAACUAUGAGGGGGGAAAUUGAGUUCAAAGAUGUUGUAUUUGCGUAUCCCACUAGGCCAGAACAAGUCAUUUUACAAAAUUUCAAUUUGCGAAUACCAGCCGGUAAAACUGUGGCAAUCGUCGGAGGUUCUGGAAAUGGAAAGUCAACAGUAGCUGCAUUACUAGAAAGAUUUUACGAGGUUAAUAAAGGAUCAAUUACACUAGAUGGGGAAGAUAUUUCCGAGUUAGAUCCUACCUGGAUGAGGCAAUCGGUUUUGGGGUACAUAAAUCAGGAACCAACACUUUUUGCUACAACAAUAAUGGAGAAUAUUCGGUAUGGUCGACCUGAUGCUACCGACACAGAAGUUAUUGAAGCAGCUGAACUUGCAAAUGUACAUAGUUUUGUUAUUGGAUUCCCAAGAGGCUAUAACACAUUAGUUGGCGAACGUGGCACAACAUUAUCUGGAGGGCAGAAACAAAGAAUUGCAAUUGCCAGAGCGUUGUUAAAAAAUCCUUCCGUUCUAAUUUUAGAUGAAGCUACAAGUGCUCUUGAUACGGAAUCUGAGAACAUAGUUCAACAGGCUUUAGACAAAGCGAGAGAAGGGCGAACUGCAUUGGUUAUAGCUCACCGCUUAUCAACAAUAAAAAAUGCGCACAUCAUUGUAGUACUUAGUAAAGGACGCAUUGUCGAGAUGGGUACGCAUGAAGAACUUAAAAAUUUGAAGGCGCACUACUGGUCUCUUAAUUUCCAACAGAACAGCGGCGAAUAAAAAAAAAUAAGAAUUUAUUACUAGUCGAGAUUGAAAUACAAAUAUUUAAACACAAUUUAAAAUUAU